CCGGUCUUAUGACUGGAGCUGAAGCGGCGACUCCAGGCUUUCGCGGUGCUGUCUGUGGUCGGUGGUCCCCUGUGCUCUCGCUUUCCCAGGGUCCGCAAGGGUGUUCUCUGGCGUUGCCGGUCAGGUCGUCGGCUGCCCUGCGGGAUCAGGAUGCGCUUCCGCUUCACUCCGGUUUCGGGCGCGGGGCUCGUCCUGUUUUGUCUGCUCCUGGGAGCUGUUCAGUCCUAUGCAUUGCAACUUAAUUUGACAGAUUCGAAAGGUACUUGCCUUUUUGCAAAAUGGGAGAUGAAUUUCACAAUAUCAUAUGAAACUACAAACAGAACUCUUAAAACUGUAACCAUUUCAGAACCUUCCAAUGUGACAUACAACGGAAGCAGCUGUGGGAAUGACCGGAACAGCACCAAAAUAGUGGUACAAUUUGGAUCUGCAAUCUCUUGGGAAGUGAAUUUUACCAAGGAAGCUUCUUAUUAUUUUAUUGACAGCAUCUUGCUUUCCUACAACACUAGUGAUAGCACAACAUUUCCUGGUGCUGCAGAUAAAGGAAGUGUUCCUGUUAACAACAGUCUUCAGACAGUCAAAUUUCCAUUGAAUAACAUCUACAGGUGCAAUAGUUUAUUAAUUUUUAACACGGACCCUGUGGUUCAGCGCUAUUGGCAUAUUCACCUACAAGCUUUUGUUGAAAAUGGCACAGUGAGUAAAAAAGAACACGUAUGUGACGAAGACAUACCCGUCACCACUGUAGCACCCAUUAUUCAUACUACUGUGCCAUCUCCUACUACGACACCCACUCCAACUCCAAAGGUUGGAAACUAUAAUGUUACUAAUGGCAAUGCUACCUGUCUGCUGGCUACCAUGGGGCUGCAGCUCAACAUCACUGAGGAGAAGGUGCCUUUCAUUUUUAACAUCAACCCUGCUACAACUGACUUCACUGGCAAAUGUCUUCCUCAAACUGCUCAACUUAGGCUAAACAACAGCCAAAUUAAGUAUCUUGACUUUAUCUUUGCUGUGAAAAGUGAAAACCGAUUCUAUCUGAAGGGAGUGAAUGUCAGCAUGUAUUUGGCUAAUGGCUCAGCUUUCAGCGUUUCAAAUAACAAUCUUAGCUUCUGGGAUGCCCCUCUGGGAAGUUCUUAUAUGUGCAACAAAGAGCAGGUUGUUUCAGUGUCUAGAACGUUUCAGAUAAAUACCUUUAACCUAAAGGUGCAACCUUUUAAUGUGACCGAAGGAAAGUAUUCUACAGCUCAAGACUGCAGUGCAGAUGAAGACAACUUCCUUGUGCCCAUAGCAGUGGGAGCAGCCCUGGCAGGAGUACUUACUCUAGUGUUGCUGGCUUAUUUUAUUGGUCUCAAGCGCCAUCAUACUGGAUAUGAGCAGUUUUAGAACCUACAAUCUAAUUGAUUAUAUUACAAAAUUCGUUCAUGAUUGUAUUACAAAAUGCGUUCAAAUAGUAAGGUUUUCUUGCCUCUCAGUGUAUGAAGCACUUUGUUCCUUGGAACUUUCAUUCCUAAAUCGGCCCCAUCAUUUUGAGAUGAGUCUUUUUUUUUUUUUCAUUAAAAACUGUUCUCUGAUCCACUUAAAAUGCAGACUGGCUUAAAAAAAAAAAGACACAUGUGCAAUAUUUUAAGAUCUGUCUUAAGAAGCUUUGGCCAAAUUGGGAUCCUAACCUGAGAUGCCUUAAACUUAUUAAUAUGACCAUUAUAGAGUUGUACCUUACUGAAAUUAAUAAAUACUGCUUCACCACUGGUGUUUUGUUUCGAUGUGUACCAGCUGUCCUGAUUUAAACUCACUACAGCUAUGCCUUUGUAUAUAGUUCAAGGCUUAAAAUACAUCAGAUAUGCUAAGACUUGGUUUUCAGGGGUAUGAAGUAGAGAUAGUCCUAGGGCCAUCCACAUUUUUAUAAGACCUAAAGAGAAACCAGAAUAUUACAUCAUUUUAAGGUUAUGACUUUCACUGUUACCUUUGACUUCAAAUUAAAUAUGAAAUUAGAUUCUCAAACUUGUGAUUUUCCCCUAGAUUAAAAACAGGCUGAGGAGGCUAUAACAGAACUCAAACUGGCUUCUUAAUUAGAAGGAUUUUUUUGAGGGGAGGUUGUUUUAUGAGUCAAGAGUUUCUGUAGCCUUGGCUGAUCUGGUACUUGCUAUGUAGUCCAGGCUGGCUUCAAACUCACAGAGAUCCGCUUGCGUUGGCUUGCCAGAUUCAAAGAUCACAGGCAUGUGUUACCAUGCCCAACCUGGGCUUUUAAGGAAAUAUUUAUUUUUCAGCAAUAUAGACUGCAAAGAGUCAAACAUUAACCACUUGCCUUGUUUUCCUCCUCUUUGGAUGCCUGAUUAACACUAAAAGAUAGAAGAUUCUAUGAACUAAUUAGGACAGAUUGUGUUGUGUUUCUCUACCUCAUCUUGUUGAUCUCUGGAGCAUUCAAAUCUAUUUAGUGUUGUCAUCAGACUGGUACUUAUGAAAUGUAAGCUAACAGCAAUCUCAGAAGGGAGGCAACGAAGCACAGCAGCUUUGCUCUUGCUUCUCCAAGAUAGCCGCUGUGGGGCACCGUGUUGAGAGGCAUUACAAUUAGCUAGACAGCUAGUCCAGAUUGAAACAUUUUCAUGGUAAAAGUGAGGUGCUGAUGGAAAAUAUAAAUAAAUCCAAAGAUUUAACAGAUGAGACCAUGUUCAUACUGAAAUGAUCAUUAAUUCAUUCUAAUGUGUAUAUUGGCUUGUUCAGAGUUUCUGUCACGUACUAAUUAACAGUACAAAUGUGUUUAGGUACCCAGCUGUCAGUGUCUGUUAGGGAGCUUUCAGUAAAACAGUACCCUCCAAAAAAAAAAAAAAAA